AUGGGAAGGCGAAAGCUCCCCUUCACGAUGAUCGACAAGAAGAGCCGCCGGCAGAUAACCUUCUCCAAGCGCCGCAAGGGGCUGUACAGGAAGGCGUCCUACCUUUGCUCUCAAGGCUACGACAUGGCCAUCAUUGCCAUGUCUUCCGUCGGCAACGCCUUCGCCUUCGCAAACCCCGAUAUCGACACCGUCAUCCGCCGCUACGUACGCGAUGGGCAUCCCAUCGACUUUGGCAAAGAAGAAGAACAAGGAGGAGAGGUUGCAGCAGUAGUGCCAGUAGACAACCGGGCCACGACUUUGGGCGUUUUGCAUGGCAGCGGCCCAACGCUGGAUCUGGUUACGACGCCGAAAGCCGGCAAAGAAGCCGCGACGAGCAGCAGGAUGAUCGGGGAAGAAACGGUGACGAAGGCCAGCAUACUGGAAGACCAACGGUUCUGGUGGAACAAGUCGCUCGAUCAUCUCACGGUGGAGGAUCUGCGAGAGCUCGAGAAGGCGAUGGUGGAGCUGCGGAACAAGGCGCAAGAACGUGCAGAUCUUAUCUUGAGAUCGACGACGCUCAGCCUCGGGCGAUUAUAA